UCCGCUAUGGGAAACAUCAUGUCGCAAUCUUUUGCCCCCGAGUGUACCGACGCCAAAUUGAAGUAUGACGAGUGCUUCAACAGGUGGUACACGGAGGAAUUUUUGAAAGGCAAGUCUCUCCACAAUGAAUGCACAGACCUUUGGGAUGACUAUAUCACAUGCGUAAACACAGCCUUGGCCGCUCACAAGAUCAAGCCAAUGUUGGACCAGGCAAGAAAAGAUCAACCAUUUUCCAAAGAGUUUGAAUCUGAUGAAAAGAAGUAAACAGCCUGAUAGAUCAGCACGACUCCCUUGACAACUGCUUUCUUUCAGUGUCUUUUAGCGAUUUAAACAAAUUCCAAACUUUGAGUCUUAGAAGAUGAUCUCUACCAGACAUUUCCCCAGAGCAUACAAAUAUAUAGACAUCCAAGUAUGAUACUUGUAAAUAGACAGAUUUCUUGAAUACAUUAGUAGAAUGUUCAAAAGCGCUUUUUAUUCAUGUCCGAAGC